UCGUCUGUUAGGGCAAGUAUUAAAACGAAAUGAGGCCAAAAAUCUACCGAAAACUCAUUUCCCUCGUCCUAUAUACUAUUUGUCUGUGGAAAACGAACCCGUCGAAGAAAUGAUUUGUAGCACCAUACAGGACAAAAAGAGACUCUGAGCUGCGCCUUGCCGUUUCAUGUCGCUCUCUGGUACCACCCAAACAUCGAGAGGUCAACCGCAAAGCAAAUAGUGUUCACCGCAAUUCCUUUUCCACUUGUAAUUUCUUAAAAUUCCUCUUGAAUUUUUUGGUUAUGUUUGUUAUUUUUUUUACCCACAUCGUUAAGCUUAUGUGAGUGUGUUCAUUUUGCACUUGUAAUGUCUUAGAAUUCCUCAUGAAUGUUUUGGUUAUUUUUAUUAUUGUUUUUUACCCAUGUUGUUAAGCUUAUGUGAGUGUGUGUAAAUUUGUUCUUUUGCUCGUGAGUCAAGAAAGCUGAUCAUCGAAGAACAAAAUCGUGUACUAGGGGUACCUGUUAGAACUCAGAACAACGCUCAGGAUACGAAUGUAUUUUUGGUCGCGAAGAUGCCGAUGGCUGGGACGUUCGUCAGGCCAUGAACGACCUUACUGGGUAUGAUUCAGUCCCGGAACCUCGAAUCAUUAUUGCCGGUCUCCACGCUUGUCGACGUUUAAACGAUUACGCAAUGGCAAUGCGUUUUUUGGAGAUGGUCAAAGAUAAAUGCGGAAACCGGGUGAAUGAGAUUUACCCCUACAUUGUGCAGGGCAUUGUCUACCAUCCACCAAACAAUGGUUAAACCUCCGCCUAUUAGCUCUCUGGCAUCGAAAGAGCAAUCUCGGGAUUUUAUGGCGUUGUUCCCGGAUGUCGUCAGGGAACUGACAGACGCCGGCAAACAUCAAGAAAUGCCUGAAGUGAUGCGCCGGUUUGCCAGAAUGUUGCAGUACACUGUACCUACAGGUAAAAAGAAUCGCGGUUUGACCGUAAUAUCAUCUUACAAUCUACUCGAGGAUCCGCAAAAUUUAACCCCAGAAAACCUUGGGCUGGCGAACAUACUAGGUUGGUGCGUCGAAAUGGUUCAAGGCUUCUUGGUAGUGGUGGACGACGUUCUGGAUGAGUCGGAAACUCGCAGAGGUGUCGCAUGUUGGUACCGCCAACCUGACGUAGGACUGUCAGCAUUUAACGACGCCUUAAUGGUGGAGAAUGCUGUAUAUGCCCUUCUUAAGAAGCACUUUAGGGAUCAUCCCGCUUACCUGUUAAUGAUGGAACUCUUUCAUGACGUUAUAUUUAAGACGGCGAUGGGACAGAGUCUGGAUUUGAUGUGCAUGGACAAUAAUGGAAAACCAAAAUUAGAUAUGUUUACAAUGCAUAGAUAUACUUCGAUUGUGAGGUAUAAGACUGCAUAUUACAGUUUUCAAAUGCCUGUGGCCCUAGCUAUGUACUUGGCAAAUUUGCACGAUACUGAACAGCAUAGACAGGCUAAAACAAUCCUCUUGGAAAUGGGGCAAUUUUUCCAGAUUCAGGACGACUUCUUGGAUUGUUUUGGUGAUUCCGCUAUUAUGGGCAAGAAAGGGACGGACAUUGAAGACGGAAAAUGUUCUUGGCUGGCUGUAGUAGCUCUUCAGAGAGCGAGUCCAUCCCAAAGAAAAAUAAUGGAGGACCAUUAUGGAAAAUCGGACCUCGAAUCAGUCCAGGCAAUACGACAUCUAUAUGAAGAAUUAAGUUUGCCAAAUACUUACGCGAUCUAUGAGGAAGAAAGCUUUAAUAUUAUUAAAACUCACAUUCAACAAAUUUCCAAAGGUUUGCCUCAUAAAUUGUUUUUUAAGAUCAUGGAACGUCUUUACAAACGAGAAUGUUAGAGGAGUGAUUAAUAACAUUUUAUUUGUAAAGUUUGUAAAAGAUUUGAUUUGAAUAAUGUCUGUAUUGCUAGUAUUUUAAUAUUUAACCAACAAUUCUGUCAACCUAGUAUGUAGUAAGCAUUAGUUUUUAUUUUCCCUUUGUUCAGUCAUCUUCACCUUGUACUCGGGUAUGUUCCUUUAUAGGUAUUUUAAUUUAAUAUAUCCAUAUUAUAUUUAAAGUUUUUAUAGAUUUUUUACUGAUAUGAUUUUUCUGUUUAAAGCAAUAAAUAUUAU